CUGAACUGACGUUUGUGUGUAAAAAAUUGUGAAGUGUAGGACCGAGCUCGAGCUGUUUAUUAUUUACAUUUCAUUUAAUCCGAUUAUCGUAACCAUUAUCUGUGUGUACAAGAAAUUUCGUAGACUUGAACAUUGGCAACGUAAACAUUUACAAUGGAAGUGGAUCAGUACGCAAGUGAUUGGAGCUACACCGGCGAAGGGUCGCGGCUGCCGCUUAUUGACGAAUCCACGGCUCUAGGAACUCAGGCUCCAAAAGACAGGCUGAUAGCAGUGCUGGACCAGGUGGAGAUGCGCGUGGAGCGUCUCCGACGUGACACAGUGCGUAUUGAGGAGGAACGUGACUCCCUGCUCUCCACAUUGGACAGUGUCAAGCACUCAGAGCUACUGGCAGAAGUCUCGGAAUGUGAUAAAGACGACAUCUCGCGGUACGCGGAGCGUAUAUUGGCGCGGGCGCAGACAGUGGAGGUGUGCGUGCGCACCGACCGCGACCCGCAACAGGAGGAGGCUCUGCACCAGGUAAACAUGUACAUCGACCAGCUAGUAGUGUCAGUGCAAGACGACGCGUGCACGGCGCACGCUCGCUGCCAGGCCUACAUGGCGGCGUGCUCCAGCGCCGCGGACUCCGCCGCCAGCGACAAGAACUUCGAGACGGCCAUCCUCGGCUGCACGCUCGACGACCAGAAGCGAGUCAAGAAACGCCUGCAGGGCCUCAUGGACUACUUCGCUAAGAAGAAUGUUACCUCGUGCUCGUGAGCUUGUGAUUGUGUACUUGGCACUGCUGGAUGAUAGUGGGUUUUGUUAAAAAAAUACUAUUAAGCCUUUAUAAGGCAGAGGGAAUAUAUUUCCCACCUGAUUUUGAACUUUAUUUCAAAGUAGAUAGGGUUCAAUUUUGCAUAAUUUCUGACACCCCUAUGCCUUAUGAAGGAUCGGUUUUGUCUAGCGUUCACAGAUACUGGGACAGACUUUCACGUGGGCACUGUUAAUUUUUAUUAAUCCUAGAACAUAUAAUGUAACACUUCGAGCUUUGCGACAGAUAAUACAACCGACGAGUUAUUGACGUGCUUAGUAGCUGCUUGCUUCACGUUUGACGUGCUUUUGGCGGUAGCUAGUAUUUAACUGGAUUGUUAAACGUAAACUUUUGACAACCAGUUUUACUGCAUAAAUUACAUUAGUUAUCAAAGUAUACCUCGUUUUUUUAGCAUUAGAAAAAGGUUCAAUUUUUACAUGCCUUUGUAUUGAAAAACGCUUUAAAAAAAUAGUAACUAUUACUUAUGAAACCAAAACAACAUAAAUAUAUGUCCUUGCUAUAUAAUUGCUGCGACUUACUUUUCAAUAAAAAUACCCACUGUCAAGAAUGUUUACCCUUUAUCUAGUGCUAAAAAAACAAGGGGGCGUUCAAAUAUUACGUAACGCAAUUUUCGAAGAUUUUUGACCCUCCCCCCCGUGUAAUGCGCCGUAACGUUUUCCUGUACCAGGCGGACUGAUAGUCAGUGGGUCCCUUUAGACUUGGAUCAAAAACGUUUUACUACAGAGGUGACAUUUAAUAGUAGAUUGCAUAUAAACUAAAAAUCUUGACUAGUAAAGUGCUCUGGGGAAAUUAACUAAAGAAACCUAACUUUGCAUGCGUGAAUAAACCUCCAUAGUUCAGGCAAAAUUAAACUGUAUCAGCGUCAUAAUAAUUAAAAUGUGAAAAGUGUAUUCAAUAUUAUUUGUCUCGUGGCAGACAUUGGGCAGCAGUGUCACCGUUAUAGUCUUAGUAUUAUUUAUUAUCGUUACGGUACGGUCUUCACGCCUUUCCACAAAAUAGUUGUGUCACUGAGGUUUCCAAUAUCUCUCGUCUUUGAUGUGUCCGGGCCCGUUUUAUAAAAGCUUGUAAUUUGUAAUACAAGCAAUAGUACAUUAUUGUCGAGGCUCGGAAGUAGCUACUUGCUGGCUGAGGAUUCGUUUUAAACGGACGACCUUGGGAGUCCGUUUAAUUGAAUCCGAAGCUAGCAAGAAGCCUUCCAGCCGAGUCAAAUAUAGUGCUUUUCUCAAAAAUGGCGCAAUAAAUACAAAUAUAAUAGAAAUAUUUUACAAAAGCAACGUUCUUAUGUAUAUAUUUUCACAGAAAAAAGUAAUAAGAUAUACUUUGCCGCCGUUUUUUUUUUUUAAUUAAAAAUAGAAGUGUAUUUUUCUGCUGAAAAUACGCCAACCUAUUUGAGACACCUAAAUAGUCGCGGUACCAACAUUAUAAUAAUAAGUACUGAUCAUCUGUUUGGCUGUUUAAUGGACCUAUGCCUUCAUUGGAUAUGGUCACUUCAACUUUUAAAAAGUUUGGAACUCGACAAAUAAUGGAAUUUGUAUGCAACAUUGCAGUCCCGAAAUCGAGACUGCAAUGUUUUUAACUUUUUAAUUUUUCGACUGACCAUAAACAACGCACUUCGCGACCUACUUUUUAACCGGCAACGUUGACUUUGCCGUCCAUUUUUGAGAAAAAGGCCUUUAAAGCCGUGUUUUAUAUCCUAGAUUCUAAAAUGACAGUUUGAAUGCCCCAAUUUGUUCAACCAAUGUGUCAUUGUGGUUGAAAAU